AUGAACGAAUUAUUAUUGGAUCCAAACACAGAGUUGUUAUUGAACUACUCCUCAUCUGAAUUAUCGCUAUUCAGCCCGUCAUCACUAUUACAUAAUUUCAAUUUCUUGAAAUAUAGCAAACAGGGCCCCAUCCACUUACAGUCAAACACCCACAAUUUCACUAUACCCCAGCCAUUAUUUUCCAAGCGAAAUAAUGCUUUGAACCCAGAGUUUGUCUAUUUUAUUGGCCUGAUCGUGUCGUUGUUUUUCGGGGUCUUUUUGGCCUUAAGGCUAUUGAAAUUGUUGAUCAAAUUGAGAAAACAAUCCUUCAUAAAUGCAUCAAGACCCGCACUUCAAACCUUUAAAGUACUAUCAAUAUUCGCUCAGAGUGUGAUUUUAGUCCUACUUUGGAGUUUGACAAGAUUGCAGGUAUUCUAUGCGUUAAUUACAACCACUUUAAUAGCUCUUGGUGUUGUUAUCGUCGAGUUCAGAACGUCACCAAUUCCUGUUGCCGAGUCAUUAUUGUUUUGGAUUGUCAACACUGCUUAUUUAUUUGCCGCGUUUGUACAAGAUUCGGUUUCAAAACAUAAAGUGUUUGGUUUGAAUGGUCCCUCAUUCAUUUUGGAAGUCUUGUUGGUGGUCAACAGUUUGUCUAUAUUUAUUUUGGAAGUUGGAUACUACAAACCGGGCUUUGAAGAUUCCCACUUACCAUUUAUGGACAAGGUGAAUUUGUUCUCCUACAUCACGUUUUACUAUUUACAGCCUUUGAUUGAUCAAAUAUAUAAAACAGAUGAUGUUAAGUUUGAGGAUUUGCCUGAUAUACUAGGCGACCUUUCGUGCGAUGAAACAAAACCAAGGGUCAUGAAAUAUUGGGAAAUACAAAAGGAGAAAGCGAAAGGAAAACCUAGCUGGGUAACAAAGAUUUGGGCCAUCAUCAAAAGAAAGAAAGUCGAGAACAAACCAAAUUUAUUCACUGCUAUAUUUCGUGCUUUUGCAACCGAAUUUUACAAGAAUUUUACACUUAUGUUCAUUCAAACUGCUUUGGUAUUUGCGCAACCUUUUGUUUUGAGAAAGUUUAUUCAGUUUUUUACUGCGUAUUUUUAUAAUCAUGACAAACCACCAAUUAUCAUUGGGUAUUUUUGGGCAUCCUUGAUGUUUUCAAUUUCCUGUGCCAAUUUCAUCACAUUCAACCAAGCAUUUAAUUUACAGUUUAACAUUGGAUGUGGUAUUCAGUCCUCUUUGACAACAAUCAUUUAUGAGAAAGCGUUGCGGUUGUCUCCGCAAUCACGCAAAAACAAACCUACGGGGGAUAUCAUCAAUCACAUUACUAUGGACAUUGACAUUAUUUUUUGGUUUUGUUGGAGUCUUGGUGACUUUAUCUCAGCCCCAUUGAAAUUGAUCGUUUGUUUGUUCUCCUUGUACCAGUUGUUCCGUAAUGCCACUUGGGCUGGUGUUUUCACAGCAGCGGUUGUUACACCUUUGGCUACAUACGUUAAUGCUUCAAUGUCAAAGAAUUAUAUCCAAUUAAUGAAAGACAAGGAUGACAGAACUAGUUUGAUAACAGAAAUUUUGAAUUCGGCAAAAAGUAUCAAAUUUUAUUCUUGGGAGAAACCAAUGUUGAAGCGUUUGGGUCAUGUUAGAAACGACAGAGAAUUGACAAACAUCAAAAAGAUUGGUGUAGUUAGCGCUUUGGCACAAUUCCUAUGGUCAUGCAUUCCAUUCUUUAUCAGUUGUGCCACUUAUGCGGCAUAUUCGUAUUUUUACAAAGUUCCAUUGACUCCGGAUAUUGUUUUCCCAGCAUUGGCAUUGUUUGAUUUAUUGUCGGAGCCGAUGUUGUUGAUUCCGAAUUUCAUUGUCGAUGUUAUUGAAGUCUCGACAUCAUUGUCACGUAUUGGUGAAUUACUUUGUUUGGAUGAAUUGGCCGAUGAUCAACAGGGACACGUGAAAAGAGAUUUGAAUGCAAAAGACAAUACUGAAGACUCAGUUGUCGUCAAGAAUGCUACUUUCAUAUGGAAUGCAAACUCUGAUGAUACCCAGGGGUACAGGGAUGAAGAAAGUGAAAUGCAAGAAACCACCGCGUCAAACACCGCCUUGAAGGAUAUCAACUUCGUUGCUAAAAAGGGAAAACUUACAUGCGUUGUAGGAAAAGUUGGUAGUGGGAAGUCCUCCUUGAUAAAGGCUAUUUUAGGAGACAUUCCCAUUCAGAUCCCUAAAUUUUCUGAUGCCAGCACGACUCUAUCUCCAAGUGUUGAAACUUUUGGAUCGAUUGCUUAUUGCCCUCAGAACCCCUGGAUCUUGAACGGGACAGUGAAGGAAAACAUAUUGUUUGGCCACAAGUACGAUUCUGAAUUUUACAGGAAAACUAUACUUGCAUGUGAAUUAGUAUCCGAUUUCAAAAACUUGCCAGAUGGGGAUCAAACAGUCGUUGGGGAAAAAGGUAUAUCAUUGAGUGGUGGUCAAAAAGCUCGUAUUUCAUUAGCAAGGGCUGUGUAUGCAAGAGCAGAUAUCUAUCUUUUAGAUGAUGUCUUAUCUGCGGUUGAUGCUCAUGUCGGUAAGGCAUUGAUCAAACAGGUUUUGUCGGACACCGGUAUCAUUGGAAAUCGUACCAAGAUUUUGGCAACAAACUCAGUGCCGGUGUUACACGAAGCAAACGAUAUUUAUCUUUUAGCGAAUGGCUCCAUAGUUGAGCAUGGUAAUUACGAUACCGUCAUGAAAAGCAAAGGUGAGUUGGCACUAUUGAUCAAAGAGUAUGGAAGAAAAAAAGAAGGUAAAGAUGAAGACAGUGAUUCGGAACCCGUACAGGAGGAACGUGGAGAUGGGUCCCCGGCAGUAGAUGCCAAGGAUUCACUUCAAACGGAGGAUUUAGUGGAUGAGAUUGUUGAUUACGUGGGCGAGGAGAAUAGAGGGAUUGUUCAACAAGCAGUGUUACGACGUGCUUCCUUGGUGUCUUACAAUCAUUCGUAUGAUAAAGAUGAAGAAGAGCAGGAUGGAGUUUUUAGGAAGACUGGUCACACUGAAGAAGAAUCCAGAAAAGGUACCGUCCCUUGGGAAAUUUUCAAGCAAUACAUUGUCGCCUGUGAUUAUAAAUACUUUUCGGUGUAUGUUGUCGGUACAUUGCUCACUUUGUUGAUCACUGUUGGUGAAAAGUACUUAUUGAGUUACUGGUCAGGACUAAACAAAGAGGAGAAUAGAACCGUCAAUCCUACGUUUUUCUUGGGUCUUUAUGCAGCAUUUGGUGUCCUCUCUGGAUUGUUGACAUACUUGACUGCGCUAGUUAUUUGGGGUUACUGUAUUGUUAAAGGAGCAGCCUAUUUUCACAACAAGAUGGCUAACUCAGUUUUGCAUUCGCCAAUGUCCUUUUUCGACACAACUCCGGUAGGUAGAAUUUUGAACAGAUUUACUGAAGAUAUUGGUAAAAUUGACAUGCACUUCCCUUGGAUGUUGAUCGGUUUUAUCACCACUGUGCUUAAUGGAUUGGUCACUUUUGGAGUGAUUUUUUAUUCCCUUCCAGCAAUGUUUUUUAUCAUCGCUGGUUUGUUGUUUGUGUACAAUUAUUUCAGAGUCAGGUUUAUUCCAACCGCGAGAGAAUUGAAGAGAUUGGAAUCCGUUGCAAAGUCUCCUGUUUUAGCCACUAUUCAAGAGUCCAUCAACGGUGUUGAAACAAUUAAAGCUUUUCUUCAGCGUGAUAGAUUUGUUCACAAAAGCAAAAAGUUUAUCGACGACAAAGCAUUAAUUGGGGUUGUUAUUCAGAACUGUAAUAGAUGGCUAUCAAUGAGAUUGCAAUCCAUCUCAUCUAGUAUUAUGUUUUGUACAGCAUUGUUGGCAGUUGUGACUUUAGGGGGCAAACAUCCAAUAUUACCAAGCAUUCUCGGAUUUGUUAUGACGUAUUCAUUGACAAUUACUUAUAUUUUAAAUUCAGUGGUUAGAUAUUGGGCUGAUAUGCAAUCUGGUGGUGUUGCUAUAGAGAGAAUAAUCGAAUACUGUGACUUGCCUUCUGAAGCGCCUAUGAUUGUGGAGGGAAAGAGACCAGAUAAGUCAUGGCCAGCACAUGGUGUCGUUAACUUCAAAAAGUAUAGCACUACAUACAGAGCCCAUUUGGAUCCAGUGUUGCGUGAAAUUGAAUUGACGAUCGCUUCGAAGGAGAAAGUUGGUAUUGUUGGAAGAACAGGCGCUGGCAAAUCAUCGUUGACAUUAGCGUUGUUUAGAAUUAUCGAGGCUACUGGCGGUUAUAUUGAGAUUGAUGGAAUCAACAUUGGCGAGAUUGGAUUAUACGAUCUCAGACAUCAUUUAACUAUCAUUCCACAAGAAGCUCAUACAUUUAGAGCAUCAGUUAGAGAAAAUUUGGAUCCAUUCGGAGAAUACACCGAUGAGAAAUUGUGGAAUGCCUUGGCGUUGGCUCAUUUGAAAGAGCAUGUUGAAAAAAUGGAAUCAGAUCCGACUGAAGCGGAGAAGGAAGCUAGCAAGAAUCCAGAUGAGUUACCCAAAAAACGUGGCUUGGAUGCUGAUAUUGAAGAAGGUGGUUCUAAUUUGUCUGCAGGACAGAAGCAACUCUUGUGUUUGGCGAGGGCUUUAUUGAAUGAGACGAGCAAGAUUUUGGUUUUGGAUGAAGCCACUGCUGCUGUUGACUUCCAAACCGACAAGAUUAUUCAGGAAACCAUUAGAGAACAAUUCAAAGACAAAACGAUUAUAACCAUUGCUCACAGAAUCGACACCAUCAUGGACAGUGACAAAAUUUUGGUAUUGGAUCAAGGAAAAGUUGCUGAAUUCGACACGCCAGAGAAUUUGCUCAAAAAUAAAGGUAGUAUAUUCUACUCGCUUUCAAAAGAAGGUGGAUAUAUAGACUAG